GAAAUGAACUUUUUGGUGAAAUGAAAAACCGACUAAAAUUAAGAUCAACUGGACAUUCAGAUACUAAAGAAUCGCCUUCAGAAAUGUUGACGAACAAUGCAGUUGAACAGCAGGAACCAUCUUCAUAUGACAAUACUUCUUCUAGCAUGUCAGCGAACUCCAGUCCCAGAUCAUCAAUAUAUGAUGACUUUGAACAAUCUGAGUCGAAAACAGUAUCAGAUAUUUUAUUGUUUAAAAGAAAUUAUGCAUGUGGCAAAUUUACUUUGUUCACAAUAGAAAAAAUACCUAUGUUACGAGAGGAACUUAACUGCACUUUAGCACGAGACCAGCGAAUGAAUCAAUUUAUUUAUGUCAAUAUUGGAUUACGUAUAUUUCAAUGUAAGUAA